GAAUGUUUCUGUGUCAGGGAUAAAAGUGGCCAGUAAAAGGUACAUGGGACCUAUAUACUAUUAGAGAUUAUCAUAGAUAUUCCAAGAGCUGUGUAGGAUCAAUUGGACUGUGCACAAACAUGGAAGGGGAUUGUUUGAGCUGCAUGAAAUAUCUGAUGUUUGUCUUCAAUUUCUUCAUAUUUUUCUUCAUGUUUAUUUUGCUAAUCUUCCUGGCAGAACUCUCGGCUGCAAUCUUGGCAUUUAUCUUUAGAGAAAAUCUGACCAGAGAGUUUUUUACCAAGGAACUGAAAAAGCAUUAUCAGGGGAACAAUGAAUCAGAUGUCUUUUCUUCCACCUGGAACUCAGUCAUGAUCACAUUUGGCUGCUGUGGUGUCAAUGGCCCAGAAGAUUUUGAGGCAACCUCUCAUUCCAUUCUUCCGGAUUCCCAUCCUGCUCUUCCUGAAGCUUGUUGUAAACGGGAGCUGCAGUCUCGCGAUGGAGCAUUCAUCAAUAAAGAAGAAUGUUUGAAAGGAAAGGAAGUCUAUCAGAACCAACAGGGUUGUUACACUGUGAUCCUGAAUUCCCUUGAAACCUAUGUAUAUCUUGCAGGAGCUCUUGCCAUUGGUGUUUUAGCCAUUGAGCUGUUUGCUAUGAUCUUUGCUAUGUGCCUCUUUCGGGGGAUCCAGUAGGAAGUGUUUCAUGAGCCACAAAUGAUUUUUCAAAGACUUGCUUUGAAGAAGGAAAAGAAAGAAGAUAAACUUUAUUUUUUGGUUAGCAAACUAAAAAAGGAGGGAAAGUACUGUAAUAUAUUAAUGAUCAAAAGAAUUGUACUUCAGGGGCUGGAACUUUGAGGUGCUGUCUAGUUCCUUGCCAUCUCCAAGAGGAGUCAUUCAUCUGAAGCCACUAAAAUGGAUUGCACUAAAGGCCUGCAAGUCAGGAUGGAAAAUGAACUCUAAUAAUAUCCAGGAUGUUGUCUGGAACACACAUCUCUCGUACAAUAAUAAUCCAUUAAUUGAGGAAGAUAAAGAAGACGACUACCUACUUUAAACGAGAUCUUCAUUUAAAAUACUAACAUUGUCAUCUAAAGCAUUGAGAUGUAUACAGAUUACUUCAGUUUUAAGCUAAGAGGAGGAAAUGUAUUGGCACUUGACUUGCAAGUGUUCUACCAAGAUGAACAGUUUUCCAUCUCUUGUCUGACCCAGAAGAUACAAGCAUUCCUGAAUGCUUGGAAUUGAAAAUCCCCACUCCAAGAACCUAGAGGAUGGGUUGUGUGUAUCAGAUCUAAUGGUGAAAAGUAGGGUAAGCUGAAAUCAGUGCAUACCAUUUUAGUGCAUACCAUUCAUCACAUUGAAUUUUCUGAUCAGUGUUACGUGAGAACAAAGACUAAAGGAGCUCAGCUGCUGGUUCCCUCACCUUAA